AUGACGAGAAGUGUGGAUAAGGAGAUGAUCUCUCAGGAAGUUGGGGUUGGCGCGACGACCCAGGAUGACUGGGAUAUGCAGCGCCUGGGAAAGACCCAACAGCUCAAGAGGAAUUUCCGUUUCUAUUCCAUUUUCGGAUUGACGACGACGUUGAUGGCAACAUGGGAGUCGAUUCUGCUCACGAGUACCUACGGUCUGAUUGAUGGCGGUCCGGCCGGCAUGGUCUACGUCUAUAUUGCCUCGUUUGUGGGCUUCUUCUGCGCCGUGAUUUCCAUGGCCGAGAUCGCCUCCAUCUCCCCAACGUCUGGUGGACAGUACCACUGGGUCAGUGAAUUCGCCUGGCCGAAAUACCAACGAUUCCUCAGCUAUCUUACCGGAUGGCUUUCGGUGCUGGGCUGGCAGGCCGCCUUUGCCAGUAUCUGUUACCUUUGCGGUACUUUGAUUCAAGGGCUGCUGGUUUAUAACUACUCGGGUCCCGACGGUUGGCUGUACACCUACGAACGCUGGCACGGUACACUAUUCACCAUUGCCAUCGCCGUCAUCGGCACCGUGGUGAACACCUGGGGCUACAAAAUCUUACCUCCCAUGGAAGGCCUCAUCCUCGCCAUUCACAUUUUUGGAUUCGUUGCGGUCAUGGUCAUGAUGUGGGUUAUGUCUCCAGACCAGCCACAGGCAUCUGGGGAGUCUGUCUGGAAGGAGUUCACCAACUCCGGCGGAUGGUCGAGCAUGGGCCUCGCCUGCUUGGUGGGCCAGUUGACACCAAUUUUCUCUUGGACAGGCCCAGAUGCCGCUACACAUAUGGCUGAGGAGGUUCAGAACGCUGCCUUAAUUGUGCCCUGGUGCAUGGUUUCGACCGCGUUGAUCAAUGGCUCCCUUGGUUUCAUCAUGUUGGUUACACUGCUGUACAACAUGGGCAAUAUAGCAGAUGUGCUGAACCCGGCGAGUGGAUUCUCAUUCAUCCCGGCUGUCAAUCACGCGACCGGCUCCGUCGCUGCCACCAAUGGAGUGGCUGCUAUUAUUCUGAUCAUGGAAGUCUGCAGCGCCAUUGGUAUCUUGGCCACCGCCUCUCGCCAGACCUUCGCCUUCGCCCGUGAUGAUGCCCUGCCAUUCUCUAAGCAUCUGGCACACGUUAACCGCAACACCCAGAUUCCCGUCUGUUCCGUGUUGGUGUCGACCAUUAUCACCGUACUGCUGAGCUUGAUCAACAUCGGCUCCACCGCCGCUUUCAACGCUGUCGCAUCCGUCAUGAUCGCUGCUCUUUUCACCACUUAUAUCCUGCCGAUUGCUGCCGUUAUUCGGGUCCGUUUCGAACCAUCUGGCAUUCCUCCGUCGCGCUUCUCGCUGGGCGCGCUGGGACUGCCGAUCAACGUGUUCUCUCUGGCUUGGCUCUGCUUUGCCAUCAUCUUCACCUUCUUCCCGACUGCCAACAACCCAACUCCGGUGGAUAUGAAUUGGUCUAUCCUUGUGUUCGGAGCUGUGGUGAUCUUUGCAAUUGUUUUGUACAUUGUGCACGGCCGCCGAGUAUACCGGGCCCCUGUGACCCAAGUUCGCAAGGUUGACUAA